AUGCCUGGUGUCGUGGAUCCUACGGGAGUCAUCCAUGACUCUCUGCUUCCUCGACAGAACGGUGGCCCCAGCACAGGAGCCAUUGCAGGAGCUGUUGUGGGAGGUGUCGCCUUGAUUGCUGGUGUCGGCAUCAUCACCUAUCUAGUGUGGAGGUUUUGCAUCAAGAACAAGCGACAACAGUUGGAGCAGGAGCCAUGGGAUGAGGACCAGGAGACUCCUAGUACGGAGGCUGAGAAGGUGUUUGCACAGAGGAGAAGCCAGCGAGCGUCGACCCAUACUGUCCACUCGAUCGCGUCGACUGUGCUCACCCGAGCUUCGAAUAUCAUCCAGAUCGCCUACAUUCCCGGUGUCACCAACCGAGCUACUCCUACGUCGCCCACGCUUCUUGUACCUCCCGUUCCUCCAAUCCCAAUCGCCAUAUCCCAAGCGAACAGCCCAGCUGCGACCGAAGAUCAGCACUUUUUCGUGCCUGGCGAUUUGCGCGAUUCCACGUACUCCGGCAUUUCUGGAUACAACGACCGCACAUCGUAUGCUAGGACUUCAUAUGCGCCGCGGUCCAGCAUAGCGUCUACCAUCUACGGCAAGAACGCAGUCAUCCUAACACCUGCUCAGACCGGCAUGCGUGCCAAGGCUGCUAUGGUCAGUGUACGUUCAACUGGCAGUGGUAACUCGGCGACCGGUGGCCUUACUCCGCCCGUCCCGGCUGUCGACUAUGACAAGUACAACAACAUGGCACCACCUAGUCCUGCCGCCAGCACAUUCAGUGUAGGGUCUACGUUCCUCAACAAUGCUACCGUUCACACAGCUACAGCCACACGCGCACAAGUUGUUCGUGUGGGAAGCGGUCCCAAGAAGGGCUCGCCUGAUAGUCCUGCCAGUGUGCCAGAGGAAGACGUUCUACCACAAAUGUCUUCACCAACCGUCCGUGACUCUAACGCCGUCACACUGAUCGACGACUCUCCCGUGCCCGACCAAGGACCUUUCUCCGAUCCUCCCGAGAACAGGAAGAGCACGACUAGCCUGAGCGCCGUCAUUGAGGAGGCAACAAGACGUGCCUCCCAGAGGACGAGUGCUCUGAACAAGACCGAAAGGGAACGGAGUCCCUUCGGAGACGAGCAUGCGACUCACGACGAUUAA